CAGACCCUGAGGAGAUCCAGAGUCCUUUACUUCUUUUGGAGGAACCCAAGAGCCUUCGCUUGCUUCCUUCGAGAACUCUGGAGAGUCAGGUAAAUGGGGUAGGGUGGGGCAGGGGAGGAGAAGACACUGCUGACCUGGGCUCUGUCCACAGGAACAAUGCUUCACCUUUGACAGAGUCUUGGGCCUGGAUGCUGCUCAGGUAAGGUGGUCUGAGAAGGAGAUGGGAGGAAGAUGGAAUCUUCAGGCCCCCAAAUGCUGGGAAGUUGACUGCUCUCCAGGCCUUGUGCUCAAGGCAGGCUGGCACAGGGCAACUUGAGAUGGUGGAGUGUGCCUAUUUUACCCUGCAGGAGGCAGAGCAAGAGCUGCUGUCACGAAUCCAGUCUACACUGGCUUUGGUGGGCAGAGGGUACAAUGUAGCCCUGAUUCUCCGGGGCCGGGAAACAGAGGCACCCCGACUUGUACCACAGCUGCUGCAGGUGCUGUUUGAGCAAACUCUGCUCCUCCAUCGCUCUGACUGCAUGCUCAGUACCCUUAGCCUGGUGCAGAUCAGCCCUAGCGGGAGGAUCCAGGACCUGCUCUGUCCAGGACUAGAGGACCUUUCUGUGUUGGAGGUGGCCCCUCUGGGCUUGGUGGUGGAAGGUACCAGUGAAGUGGAGGUGUCUGACUCAAGAGCUGCUUCAGAGCUGUAUUUGCAGGCUACAGUGCAUGAAGGCAGGACUUGUCUGCUGACGCUCACUGUUUCCUGUUCUGGUCCUGAACCUCCUGAGUGGUCUGGGACCCGGGGUGUGUGGAGAGGUGCUUUGCGGAUCUUGCAGCUCCCAGGAGGCCUAGACUGCCCCCUACUGAGGGUAUUGGCUGGUGAGGUUGGAGAGAUCGAGGGCUCUCUGCCUUGGAUUGUCUCACAGCUCCUAGAAGGAAACAACUAUGGUGGCCUACUCCUCCGUCUGGACCCCCAAGGUAGCUCCCUGAGUUUGCUUCAGGGUGCUCUGCUGGGGGCCUCACAAAGAAGGAUGCAAGUGAAACAGGUGAAGCCCAUCCUGUGGAACGCAGUAGAAGAGGCCCGGGUCCGCCGAGCUGGCCUGAAGACCCUGCGUUUAGGCCUCCUUGGAAACACCUUGACAGAUGAAAGGCUUAGGCAGCUGGGCAGGGCACUCCGGGAGCUACAGGUGGUAAAGGCCUGGAGCCAGUAUCCAAGAGGCCCAGUACCCAAAGGGGCCACAGCCAAGGUGGAGGAGCUCCUAGAGCCACAGGUCCAAGGCAAGCCACUGAAGUACUGUAAGCAGGGGAGAAGACACUGCUCCCAUUUGUCAGUGGCAGGAAGAACAGCAUUUCUAGGGCCUGGGCUCCAUCAAAAGCAUUCCCUCAGCAACUCUGAAGACCAGGCCUGCCAGGCCCCAGAUGUGGCCCUGCAGUUCCUUCUGGCCCAGGCCCAGAGGCAAAGACUGCAACAGCAGCACCAAAUUUGGAUCCAAGAGGAGUUGAAACACUUGGGACAGGACAGUGCAGGUGGACACGUCAAAGGCCCUGUGACUGAGGAGCAGAUAAAAAAAGUAAGUAGGGGACUACGAUCCAUCAUCAAUCAAAACUUACUGGUCCACAGCAUCUCAUGGCCCUCAAAGCCUUGUAUGGGAAAUUAUGUGUUUAGCAAACAGCAUGGCAUACUGCUGGCACUUAGUGGCUAUAAAUUAUCUUCUCUGCAGCUCAGCGAAGAGAGACAGAGAUGGCUCUGGGAGCAGACAGUGCUGAGGCUCCAGGUGGAGGCCCUCCAGGCAGAGCGGGAUACGGCAGAGCAGGACCUGGCAACUCUAUACGACUUGCAUGUACAAGCCACUCGUGUUCAGACAUGCCACAUGCUUCAGGUAUUCCGAGCCUGGCAGGGGCUAUGGGAGGAAAAGGCCACAACUACAGAGCACCAUCUUCGUGGCCUGCUGGCUCAUGUGCUGCAAGACACUAUUCAUCUGGCCUCAAAGAACCAGGAGCUCCAAGCCCAGAACCAGCAGCUGCAGCUUCAGCAGUGUGCAAGCAAGCCUGGGGCAGUCACACUGGACACAUGUCUUGGAGAGCAAGUUGGUGAUCAGGAACCCUUCAAGGGAAGUUUCCUUCCUUCUCAUUCUCAAGAGUCCUUCUAUUUUCAAGACUUUAUUCUCUAUAGUCCAAGUUUUAUGCUUUAGGAAAAUUUCAAAAGCUCUGUGACAAAGAAGUCUUAACUCCAUGGAGUUUCCAAAAUAAGUAACAAUACUGACAACAGCUGAAAGAAAUGUUACGGAAUUAAG